AUUGGCGCUAUCUCACUUUCAAUCAUUUCAAUCUCACUCUACCGUUGCGACGCCAGAGUUCACCGUGAGAGAGUUCACGGCGUUCACGGUGUUCACACAGCAAUCUGCAAAUUAGCAUGUGUUUAAUAUCAUUUGAUGCCAUUCAUUGACGGAGCGAGUAAUAAAAUACGUGUUAUUGUAAAGAAAUUAGACAUUUAUUAUUUGUAUAUAUAUAUUAUUUUUGAGUUAGAAAUCAAAGUGAGAAAUCAUGUCCAUGCUCGCUGAGCGCCGACGGAAACAUAAGUUGAGUCCUAACCCAAAUGGGAAAUGGUGGAGUGAAGAUUCCAAUAAAUUUGGUCAGAAAAUGUUAGAAAAAAUGGGCUGGUCAAAAGGAAAAGGACUAGGCAUCAAUGAACAGGGUAUUACUCAACAUAUCAAUAUUGUACAGAAAAAUGAUAGAAGUUGUUUAGGAUAUAAUGAAAAUGAAGCAUGGACUACAUAUGAGAAAAAAUAUAACGAUUUAUUACAACAACUGGGUAAAAAAAUGAAUGAUAAUGUUGAAAAUGUUGAAAGCAAGUGUAAUAGUUCAAAUGAACACUUAGAGGAUUUUACAUCAAAACAGAGAAACAGGUAUCAAAAAGUUCAAACGUGCAAAGAUAUAAGUACAUAUAAAUCCAAAGACUUGGCAAAUAUAUUUGGUCAAAAAGAAUGGGUCAGUGAGGAUCAAUCAAAAGUUGAAAAAGAUGUCACUAAUGACAUCAAAGAUAGUAACAAUGGAUUUACGAUAAAUGGUGGUAGCAUGAAGAAUUACUUCAAACAUAAAUUGAGUUGUAAAAGUAAUACUAACGAUUUAACAAUAGAUUCUUUGAAAACUAAGUCAAACAAAAGUGAAAAACGUUCAAUCUGUACGCCUGAUAACGUAGAAGAAAGUGAGGAUGAGCAACGAGUUGGAUUUGGAUUUCCGGUAAACAAAAAGAAUGCUGUUAAAGAGAAUGUAUUAUCAUUCAAUUGCGAAGUAUCAAAUAAUUCUGGUGAAAAGAGUAAUUAUGCUUUUGAUAAUCCUUGUUUAACUCUGAAUAGUCCUAGUAGCCCUGAUACAUCCAAAACCAAUUUUAUAAAUAAACAGUCUUCAAAGAAAAGAAAGAAGAAGUGUGAAAAUGACUCUUUGCAUAUUGAUGAAAGUGAAAAAUGUAGUGCUAAAAAGAAAUCGAAGAAAGAAAGCAAUAGUAAAGAUGGUAUUACAAAUCUAGGUCUGGAUUUAGACGUGAAAUCUGAGGAAAGUUGUAAUGGCAAAGAAUUUGAAGUAUCCAGAGCACAGUUCGGCUUAGAAAACCCCGCUUUAGAUUUGACAGAUGAAGCAUGUGCCAAAAAACAUGUGACAUUUGAUAAUCGUAUCUCAAUAGUGGAAUACUGUAUAAAUCCCACAAAAAACUUACGUAAAGUUAAGAGAGCAAAGAACAAAGAAUCAGGUCCGCUUGGAUUCAAAACAAAGAAAGGAUGGACUUGGGUGUCAGCGACAACAAUACCAUUAUCCGGAGUCCCUGAAAACGAGUCGAGUCCGAGCUAUGUACUCGAAAAAAAGAAGAAGCGUAAGAAAUCAAAUAAAGCGUCCAAUUUAGAAACGAUACAAGAAUCGCCAGAACAAGAAAAAGAAAUGUCAGAAAUUGAAACAAAAGUGGAAGUUAAUAAUUUGAAUGCUAAUGUAAUUGAAACAAAUAUUGCGAAUAAAAACUCAAAGAAGAAAAAGAAACAGAAAAUUAUUGAAAAUGCUACAACUACAGUUAGUGAUGAAAAAUCGAAUGAUAUUACAGAAACAAAAGAAGAUGAAAACGUUAAACCAGAGAAGCAAAGGAGAGAAGAAGUAGAAUCUGUAGAAUGUAAAAAGAAGAAAAAGAAGAAAAAUAAAAAUAUUUGUAAAACUGAAACUGAAAUAAGCAAUAAUUCAGAAGAUAGUGAGAUAUUACAUAAAAUGAGUUUGAAACAGGAAGAAACUGUUUGUCUAAACGAAAACGAAAAUGAAAACACAGCAAAAGUUGAAGUAUUAGCAGUUACAGGCGAAAAAAAAGAACCAUCACAAAAUAUCAAACCAAAGAAGAAAAAGAAAAAACUUGUCAUUGAAGAUGAAAAGAUUGCAAGUAAUACGCAUGAAGAAACAGUGACUGAUAAAGAAAAUACUGGAAAAGAGGAAACUCCGAAUGCUAAAAAGUUAGAAAAGAAAAAGAACGACAAGGAGAUAAAAGAUGUCGAAUUUAGUGAUACUACUGUGAUCAAUACGGAACAAAAAACAGAAAAUACCGAAGUCAGUGAUACAUCUUUGAGUUGGAAUGAAAACACUAUGAAUAGCAUUGGUAGUUUGUUCAACGUCUGUGAAAAAAGAAGACAAAUGUCUAAAAAAUUGCUGAUAGCGCUUUAUCAUAACAAAGCAAUAUUAGAUUUUCCUGGUUCUAAUAUUCGUGCUAUAGAAGGAUAUGGUGUAAACAUUUAAUAGCUAAAACAAAUUGUAUAAUAAUUUUACAAUAUGGGAACUUUCUUAAUUAUCAUUAUUUAUAAUAUUUAAAUGUAAAAACUUUAUUUGGAUUAUGUAGAAAUUUAUAUACACAUAUUAGAAGUGUGCGGGUAUCCGAGUCUCGGGUCAAAUUCCGACAGGAUCCCGAAAGUUUAUGCAACAUAAAAUUUGUUUGGAUGUCUGUAUUUUCAAGAUGAAAUUCUUGAUUCGAGACCCGAUUUCGGACAUGAUUUUUCUGAUUGAUCUUACAUUUUUAAGUUAGAAAGUGUUUUUACAUGUCAUCAUAUAAUCAAAUGUAAAAUCAGUCGAAAAAAUCAUAUCUUAAAUCGAAUAUCAGGUUUUGCAAAAAGAAUUUCAUCCUGAAAAUACGUACCCGAACAAAUUUGUGUCGAACAAACUUUCAGGAUUUUUAGAUAUUAGCACAUCCCUAAAUAUAUAUAUACAUAUGCAUGUGUAUAAUCAUUUAAUAAAAAUAUAUUAAUAUAUAUUGUUGG